UGGGUAAGGCGCUCCAUGACGUCAUUCGCGCGCGCCGGCGACGCCGGGGAGCAGCCGGAAGCGGUGGCGGGCCUGGGGCUCCCGGGGGGCUCUGGGGAUCCCCUGGGAGGCCCCGGGGCCGCCAUGGCGGGGGCGGCGGCGCUGCAGGUGCUCCGCCAGGGCGUUUGGGCCUCGCUGACCGGCGGCUGCUUCCUGGACCCGCAGCUCGGCGCCUUCGCCAACUGCGUCCGGCUCUACGUGUGGCUGUUCCUGCUCGGGCUGCCCCUCGGGCUCUACUCGGCGCUGCCGCCCACCCCCACUGUGGCCGCUCUGUACUGCGGGGUCGUAGCCGCGUUUUUCGGGGCUGUCAAGGCCGUGACAUUCCGGCUCCACGCGCGGCUCGACCGGAGGGACCCCCAGGGUGACCCCGAGGGGGGGGCGGCCGCUCUGCUGCCCCCCCGCUGCCCUGAGGAGGGGGACGGGUCCCCCGGACUCCCUGGGGGGGGUCUGGAGCUCUCGGUGCUCCGGUGGCCGCGUGCGACCCCCCCCCAGCUCUGCGGCUUCAACCAGCUCUCGGAGUUGCUGCCACACCUGGACAUGGACAGCAUGGGGGGUGAGCAGCCCCGGGACCCCCGCUGGGCCUCGGGCCCUCUCUGGGAUUUGUCCCUCCCCCAACUAAAGCCCCCUGUGCCCCCCUCCCCCCCAGAGCUCCGGAGCAGCACCAGCGGCAGCGGCAUCGUCACCGCUGCUGACCGGGAGCAUCUGUGCUGCGGCCCCCCCGCGGUGGGGGGGCACCCCGGUGGGUGGGGGGGGCUGGGGGAAGCACAGGGGCUGAGGGAGGGGAGCCCCGGGGGAGCCAGCGGUGGGGCUGGGGUCCCCCUGACCCUCGCCAUCCCCCCAGCCCCAGAGAACCCCCUGGCAGCUGGCACAGAGGGGGAGGUCCCGCCUGGCAGCCCCCCUCCAACACCCCCCCAGGGUGAGGGUCCCAGCAGCCCAUGCAUGGCCCUGAGCCCCCACCAGCCCCCCGGGAAGACCCCAGCCACCAGGGACUCUCCUCGGGGGGUGAGAGGGGGGCCCUGAGGACCAUCGACCAGGGGAGAGCCCCUCGGGAGGAGAGUGGGGGGUGGGGCGACCC